AUUAUAUUCUCUGGUAUUACUCCUGAGGUAAACAUUCAACAUGGAUGGAAGGAUUUAUUGAUGAUAUUUCUUAGUUUUAUUUAAUUUUUAGGGAUUAUUAUGUAGUUGUAUCAUUGGAACAUAAUUUGUAACGAUGGCUUCAGAAAGAGUGGAAUGGGUGGAAAUAAUAGAACCCAAGACAAAGGAGCAUAUGUACGCUAACCUAACCACUGGCGAAUGUGUAUGGGAUCCACCUGAGGGUGUUAAAGUUAAGCGCACAGAUUCAUCACAAUGGUGGGAAUUAUUUGAUAUAAAUACUCAUAGAUUUUAUUAUUAUAAUGCAUCCACUCAGACAACAGUAUGGCACAGGCCUACAGAUUGUGACAUUAUUCCAUUGGCAAAAUUGCAAACACUAAAACAGAAUACUGAUCCGCAAAAAAGAAGAGAAACAUCAACACAGACUAAUUUAGCAGUCCCUCAGCUAACAUCAACAAUAGAUCCAAUUAACAGCAAUGGAAAUAGUUUGGCUAGUAUCAGCAAAAUAUCACCGAGCAACACUAAAAAUGUUACAAUUAUGCAAACCAGCCCGGUGAGGACCAGGAGAUCUCAUUAUCAUCACAGAAACAGCGGCGAGAGUCGUCGCACGCGGUUGAGCGAGGACGGCGCGGUGGUGUGUCGCCACACAGACUCAGGCCGCUCCUCCGACAGCAGCAUCAGCAGUGCACAGCAGAGGAGGAAGCAGGAGCUCAGUGCAGCGUGCAACCCACCAAUAUGCACGCCCCAGUUGAAGAAGAGAAGCAGCGUCCAACCAACUCAGACACAUGAGAGCCUCAACCGGAGCGGUAGCUUCAUAUCGCCGCGGAAAGAUGCCUCGGACGAUUCCAUGCACGAGAAGUACUUCAAGUCUGUCGAGAGCACGCCCUUGACGAGGCGGAAGCUGAAGCAGCCGUCGGGCGGCGGGUCGUCAUGUGAGUCGGCGUCCCCUCAGAGCCCCAGCAGCCCGCUGCAGAAACCGCAGCCGACGCCCUUCCUGCAGACGUCGGCUGCUCGACCCUCGCUGGUGUCUUCCAUCUCGCUGGCCACGGAGGCAGCCAGCACACGCCACAUGCUGUCCCUGGAGCGACCGCACCACCUGUCCCGACACUCGCGCGAGCGGUACUCUGACAGACAUCUAGACAAGGAUCGUCUGGCGGAAAUCGACCGGAUAGAGCGGUACCCGGAGAAGCAGGCCGUGUACAGCGUGGACAAACCGUUCCGACAGACGAGCCUCGACCUUCGGCACAACGUGGCCUCUAACUGGCACCAGCCCAGGGAAUAUACCAGACGACAACAGGCAGAGCCGGAGCGAAUUACGUCGAGCAAGACGUCCGUGUCGUCAGGCAGUAGCAAGCACCGCGCGCCGCACGAAGCCGCUCUCGUGGCCGCACAGCACGCCACGAGGCUGGCUGGGGCCAACGACGCGGACAACGUGGCAGCGGUCAACUAUAAACUGAAGAGUAUAAACCUUGAGCCCUCCUUGACAGAACCGAAUGUACAGAGACACAAUCAAAGAUUGGAACGGACGGCGCCGCGGGAUAGAACUAAAUCAAGACGCCACAAGCGACCCGUUGAACCCGAGGAGCUUGAAGACGAAUGCGAGGAUGAGGAUGGUGGCUCCCCGCUCUACUGCAACUGGGACCUGCGUGGCAUGCAGCAUCUGCUACCGCUGCAGGACUACAUCAUUCAGCAGGCCAAGAUCUCCAGUCGCGGUCGCUACGUGCACGGUUCGGAUUCGGAGAACGAAUCGAACUCUUCGCGGUCCCGGUCCGGCUCGGAGUCUCGGUCGCUGUCGGGCCACGAGCCCGACAACGAGUCGUCGGACGGCGGCGCGCGCACGCCCGACGACGACGACGGCUCGGGCGUGUACCUGCCGCACGCGUACGCGACGCGGCCGCCCGACGUCGAGUACGUGAACCACGGCGUGUCCUACUACAACACGUUCGUGGGCUUCGAGCGGGACCGACAGCCAUCGCCGAGUAUUCACAGGACAUCGUCGGUGGGCGGGGCCGGCGAGGGGGCGGAGGGUGGGCCGCUGUACAGCCCGGUGCGCUCGCACGCGCCACUCGCGCCGCGGCCGCACGUGCAUGCGCCGUCGUUCCCGCACAUGCCGCCCGCGCCGCCCGAGCAGGAUAUCGAGAUAUUCGCCAAGGACAACCUCAACUUCAACAAGGGAAUAUUCAGGAGAAAGGCGUCAGUUCGUGACAUGCUGUCGUGGACGUCUUCGUCGAUUAGCGCGCCGAUGGUGGGCGCUGACUGGGACAAAGGCCACAAGAAGGCGGCCAUCGACCUGUUCCGGCUGGUGCAGAUCUACAUGGGCGACCGCAAGGCCAGACCGGGCAUGACGCUCAACUCUGUGGCGCAAGAUAUCUUGCACGCAACCUUUACUAAUGAAAAGCUGCGCGACGAGCUGUACGUGCAGCUGUGCCGCCAGAGCACGGAGAACCCGCUGCGGGACUCGCUGCUGCGCGGCUGGGAGCUGCUGGCCGUGUGCCUGGCCUUCGUGCCGCCCUCGCCCGCCUUCCAGCCCGCGCUCACCAACUACGUCAACCGGCAUCGGGACCCUGCCUUCGCGGACUGCUUCCCGGAGGUUGGCAAAUGGCCUAUUCAUGUCCAAGUGUCUCACUACGCGAGUGUGGCGUGCAAGAGGCUGGAGAGGAUAGGUUUCGGAGGAAAGAGGCAGCCCAGGAAACCCACCACCGAAGACAUCGACCAAGCAAGGAUACAAAUAUUCCGACAAUCAAUGUUUGGUAAUACGUUGCAAGAGGUAAUGACGCUGCAGAAAGAACGGUUCCCGAACCGGCAGCUGCCCUGGGUGCAGGUGGCUCUGUCCCAGCAAGUGCUGGCGCUGAACGGGAAGGAAACCGAGGGAAUAUUUCGGGUCUCUGCGGACGUGGAUGAAGUCAAUGCGCUCAAGGCAAAGAUAGAUAAUUGGGAAUUACCUGAUGCGUCCAUGUUAACAGACGCUCAUGCACCGGCAAGUCUUCUCAAGCUGUGGUACCGCGAGCUAUACGAGCCGCUGAUCCCGGACGCGCUGUACGCCGCGUGCGUGGCGGCCGGUCAGGACGUGCCCGCCUGCACGCGAGCGCUGCAGAGACUGCCGCCGCUCAACCGACUGGUACUAACGUAUUUAAUAAGCUUCCUGCAACAAUUUACCGCGCCGGAAGUGGUGAGUCAGACAAAAAUGGAUUCCGCAAACCUGGCGAUGGUGUUCGCCCCCAACUGCCUCCGCUGCACCUCGCACGACCCCAGGGUGAUCUUGGAGAACGCGCGGAAGGAGAUGACCUUCCUGAAGACCUUGAUCACGAACCUGGACACAUCUCACGUGAGAGAUCUGCUGUGACCAAUGAAUCUCAAUUUCUGUAAUAAUAAUGUUGUAGAAUGUCGACUUAGCCGGUUUACGUAGUUCAUUAGUCUAUUGCGGAAAUCGGAAUCGACGGUAUUGUUGACUUGUCGUCAUUAGGAAACUAAGGAACAGGAAAUUAGGUGUUUGUGUUGAACCUUCCUGUUGAUAGCAUUCCAAAGAAGAUUUAUCAAUGUUAUACAAAACUGCCUAGUAAUCAAAGAUCUCACAGCACUCCAGAAACCUUACCCCGUAAUUUCGAUCGCCGCAGUAGACAUGAAGAAGUAUAUAUAGCUUAGAUAUUUAAACGAUGAUAGUUUCGACAGUGCUUCUGUUUUGCAAUGGUACUAAUUACAUACAUAUUAUGCAUAUCAGUUAUCUUGUCUAUUGUAGAUAGACAUCCACUAAUAUAAUAAUUUUUGGCGGAAAUUAUAAAUACUUAUAGGUUAAAUCUGUGGCGGAACAAAUCACUAACGUGAAAUAACACAUGGACCUAAAGCAAGCUCUAUUUGUAAUAGCCAUUUUUUUAAUGUCAAAACCAACAUAUCCAUCGUAACUUUGUAAAAUGCUGUGUUAUGCAAAAAUUGCAAUAAACUUUAUAGUUCUAUUUACUAUUUAAUUUCAUAUAAUAAAGAAUUUUGUUAUUAUUACACGAGAAACAUUCGCAGUUUUAAAGGAGUUAGUUAUGUACACAGUAGGUGUAAUAUUCUCAAGGGUAUGUUGGUAUAUGUUUUUGGUAUUGUUGAACUCAACCAAAUUGUAUGAUAUUUAUAUUUUUUUUUUUAUUUAAUUUGUUCGGCAUUUUUGUCAAUCUACUCUAACAAUUUCCACAUUCAAAGAUGUGUAUAGUUUUGUAUUUUUGUACGCUAUUAUAUUUUUAUUUGGUUCUACCCAAAGAUAUUUAACGGAUGUGAUUGAAUAGUUGAGCUUUAUAAAAGUAAGUUUUUUUUGAGCACUGAAAUUGCAAAUUUGUGUCCAUUCAGUAAACAAGAGAAUGGCUUGAAUCUAAAGUUUUUCAACUGGUUGCGUAGUGUAGCCGGAUUUACACUUUUCUUUCUGGAAUCUUGGUUUAUAAUAAAGCGAGCUCCCGAGGGAACCUACGCACCGCGCAAAACGUGUCCGUAAAUGACGCACGAUCAUAUUUAGUGGUAUUUGGCUUUAGUAAUGUACAUUUAAAUAAAUAUGAAAAGUAUUAAUAUGCAGCUAACUUGUGACAACCCUGAAAAUAUAAAUACAUUAGUGAAUUAUUUUAGCGAGUACGAUGGCAGUGGAGAAACAUAUUGUUAUUGUAAAUUAUAUUCUGUAACAGCCAUGUUGUCAUAGCUAACAUUGUUAGGAACUGACGGUAAGAAAUCUGUAGGCGUCGCCAAAAAGAGCGCAAGAAAAUUAAUAAAACAAAUUCACGCUUCAUCGAGCUAUAUAAUAAUCAUAAGUACAUAAAUUUUACAAAUUUAAUUAAUUUUUUUACUAUAAUAUAAUAUGAAUUAUUUGAGGUGAAAAGUUAUUAAUUAUUCGAAAAUAAAAUUAUAAUAUGUUGAAUAGACCUUCUUUGCGUAGCAUUUUUGCUUUGCAAAUUGA